CGCGGAGGUGGCGGCGGCGCCGGGAGCGCCCGCGAGCCAUGGCCGACGACCUGAAGCGGUUCCUCUACAAGAAGCUGCCGAGCGUUGAAGGUCUUCACGCUAUCGUCGUGUCGGACAGGGACGGUGUGCCGGUUAUCAAAGUGGCCAAUGAUAAUGCUCCGGAGCACGCGCUGAGACCCGGCUUUCUGUCCACCUUUGCCCUUGCCACAGAUCAGGGCAGUAAACUGGGGCUUUCAAAGAACAAAAGCAUCAUCUGCUACUACAACACGUACCAGGUCGUGCAGUUCAACCGCUUGCCUUUGGUAGUGAGUUUCAUUGCUAGCAGCAACGCCAAUACCGGGCUGAUUGUCAGCUUGGAGAAGGAGCUCACGCCCCUCUUUGAAGAGCUGAGGCAGGUAGUUGAAGUUUCCUAACCCGACAGCACAGCCCGCGUCCGGCAGCUCACAGAGAAGGAGAUGGAAGAGUCAAUAAUCCUCGGUUGAGUAACGCGCCUCGGAAGAAAUGCCACCUCCCCCUUGUGUACUAAGUAAGAAUAAGUUGUACAUAGUACUGAAUCUGAAAUGAUUUACUAGUGCGUUGUAGAUGGAUGUUACUUUAGGCCACGUUUCCUGUAUUGUGCAGUAGUGGAGAGCCCACCAAAGUACAAUAGCUCCCAUGGAGCUUAGCUCGGCCAGCUGAGCACGGGAUGAGCAGGAUACUGCGGGCUCCAGGGAGCAGCCUGCAGCUCCCUCGCUGCACAGGGAACUAGCCCUACGGCAGGACGUAUCCUCUGAGUAGCUACCACUUCCUGAUGGAAAACAGAUUUAAUUGGCUACAAAAUGUUGUCAAAGAUGUGGUUGGAAAAGAGCGUUAUGAAAGCAAGUUUCCUAGCGGUGACGUAUCUGUACAAUCAAUAAAUCCCCCCUAUUUUGCGGAUUGGUGAUGCUUUGGAGAAGAAGUUCUGUUAAUCCGGGUGUCAGCUGCAUCCUGCUUCCACACAAGAGCUGUUCUUGCAAAAGCU